AUGAAAACAAAUAGAGAAAUUCAAGACUGGUUAAAUAGAUGUAGAUGUGGAAAAUUGGAACUGAGGAAACAUUUAAAUACUAUUGAGUAAAUAAAAUUAGAUAUGAUGAUGAAUAAUCAAAAAGUGUAAACUUUGAAAUCUGUUUCUUCUUCUAAGAUUAAUCCAGAUUGCCAGACUGCUGAAUCAAUAUAUGAAGAUAAAAGAUAAUCUAGUCUCAUCUAACAUGGCAAUUAUUCUGAUGAUUAAGAUUACAGAGUGUUUAUUAGUAAAAAUAACUAUUACGAUACUCAUCAGAUAUAGAACUAGCGAUCCAUCAAAAAACCUUUCUUAUAGGAAUUUUCUGGUAAACAAGAUUCUGAUACCGUUGAUGACAUAUUUAAAUUAUCCUUAACAGAUUAAUCACUGUCUUAAUAGUAGUUUUAUUCCAAUAAAGAUUUUUAUGAAUCCAUUAAAUAAAAGCAACAGCAUGGAAUUUAUAAUAAGGAUGAAAUGAUUUAUCAAAAUCACCAAUACAGCACACAAAAUUUUGAAGAUUAUUAAGAAAUUUCGUUAAAAGCAUCAUUAUGUCAAAUAGAUAAAAGAAUUAAAUAAAUUUAAAAAGAAGAAUUUUAAAAUAGUUGUCAAAAUGAAAACAAAACAUUCAAUCAGUACUAUCAGGAAUAUGUUACAGAUGAGAUAUCUAAUAUAUAACAUGAAAUUCAAGAAAUGCAAAAAUUCUUGAAAAGAAUUUAAACUGCAAAAGACAAGUUGACCAGCAGUGUCCAAGAUUUGAGUUAUCAAAAUAGUUAAAGAUCCAUGUAAAAAUUGAAUUAAGAUUUGGAUAUAAUAUAAACUUUAAGAAAUAAAAUGCAAAAUUAAUUACAAAAUAAUGUAGAUGGUGACAAAUUGUUACGAUUAAGAUCAAUGAAAUAAUAGAUUUAAGAAUGCUUUAAUGAUAUCGAAGAAGAGAUAAUUAAAUUAAGUAAAUGA